AUGUCCUACGUCGUGUACGCGGUGGAGAGUGCGGAUCGCAUGAUCCUGAUGGGUCCGAUGGUGGCGGACCAGCCAACCUUCAAGACCGUCAUGCUUAGCUACAUUCAGGCGCCGAAGCUAGCACGCCGCACGGCCUCUGGUGACUUCACGCCGGAGGAGCCGUACGCCUACGAGGCGGCCGAGCUUAUCCGCUCCACUUUCAUUGGCAAGCAGGUGCGGUUCGUCGAGGACUACUACAUAGAGGCAUUGCAGCGAAGCGCCGGUCGUAUCAUGGGCUCUAACCACCAGGAAGCAACGGGCAUGUUGCUCAAGGAAGGCUUGGCCACGCUGCCCGACCGUAUGCCGCCGCGUAUAGAGAAGGAACUGUACGAGAUCUAUUCGCAGAUGUCCGCUUCAGCGCGUGCGGCCCGCAAAGGUCUUUUUAGCGGCGAUGGUGCGAAGCACGUGCGCCACAUGAGAUCGUACGCUCCCGAGGAGCUCGCGGAGAAAAUCGAGGGCAUCAAAGGCCAGCAGCUUUUGUCUCGCGUCGAGAAAGUGGUGUCGUCGACGCUGCUCAUCAUCUCCGUCAAGGAGCUGGGCGACACGCAGUUCACCGCCCAUCUGACCGGUGUCACCGCGAAGGAUAACGGCGACGAGUCCAUCAACGCCGAAGCCAAGUUCUUCGUUGAGCGUCUGCUGCAGAACCGCAAUGUGAAUGUGCGGUACGACGGCCUCGACGGGUUCAACAACGUUAUGAUUUCCAUCAUGUCCUCCAAGGGCUCUUUCCAGGAAGAGCUCCUGUCCAAGGGCUAUGCCAAGGUUCAGAACGUGACGUUGCCGCUGUCCACCCGCAUCGACGAGCUUUUCUCUGCCGAGGCUUCCGCCAAGAAGAAGCGCGUCGGAUGCUGGAAAAACUACGUGGAGCCAGUUGUGGUCGCUCCGACCGAAGCUGCGGAGGGCGACAACGGUGUCUCUACCCCUGCUGCUGACGGUGAGGAGACCCCGGCAGACGUCAAGGCCCCUGCGGCACCCAAAGUGGCCGGUCUUCCGACCACGCUGCCGGACGGCACCCCCGGCCCCGUAUACACGGGGCCGAUCGAGUUUGUUGGGACGCUGGUGCAGGUGGUGCACGGCGACACUGUCGUUGUCCGCGACGACGCCUCCGGUCACCUCCUCCGUGUCUCUCUGGCUGGCGUGCGCAGCAGCAAAAACAUUGACCGCGACCAGGACGGGAACUCGCCCGAGACGCGCGUUACGUACCGCGACUACUCGUGGGAGGCCAAGGAAUUCCUGCGAAGCCGGUACAUUGGAGCCAAGGUGGUGGUGUUCGUCGAGUACGCGCGUGUGAUGCCGGGGACGAAGGAGAUCCGCCCCGCUGCAACGGUGGAGAUGAAGCACACGGGUAUCAAUAUUGGUGUGGCGCUGCUGGAGGCCGGCUACGCAACCUUCUUCCUUGGUCGCAACGACAAGAACUCCAAGGCGAGCGAGCUGGCCGCCGCCGAGGAGGGCGCGAAGGAGGAGAAGAAAGGCAUCCACCGCGACACCCCUGCGCCGCCGAUGAAGGUAGUUGAGCUGAACCAUCUCGGCGAGACGCGCAGCCGCUACUACCUCAGCUUCCUCCAGCGCGGUAUGCAGGGCAACAGGCCGCCGCCGCUUAAGGGCGUGGUGGAUCUCGUACUCGGCCCCAGCUCGCUGCGUGUGUACAUUCCGAAGGAGAACUUUCAGAUCCCGGUCAAGGUCGCCGGCAUUGUGACGCCGUCCGCCGCUUUAAACCCGAACGAGAAGGCUGAUCCGUUUGCGCAGGAGGCGAAGGACGUCGCGAUUGACCUCGUGCAGCAGCGCAAUGUCACCGUCCAGGUCUUCACCUCCGACCGUGCAGGCAACUUUAUCUCGUCUGUCACCCUGGAGGAUGGCACAAACAUCUCCGUCUCGCUGGUCGCCGAGGGCUUCGCGACGGUGGCGAACGCGGACCGCUUGCCUUUUGCGCAGCAGCUCGUAGAAGCGGAGGGCGCCGCGCGUGAGGCGAAGAAGCACAUUUGGUCCGCCACGGGCGCCAUCCCGAAGCGUGCGGUGAAGAUGGAGCAGGAGCGCGCCGCCUCCAACCCGAAGGCGCUGGCCCGCGUUGUCGACGAGACGUCCAAGUUCGCACCGUACAUGAUCACCGAGAUCGCCGAAGACGGGCUGUCGGUGUACUUGCAGAACUUCGACGCGGAGCAGGACAGCAAGAAGGGCCACAUCCAGGAUCUCAUCAACCGCACUGUCGCCAGCGCUGGACACACCCCCAAGAAGGGCGAAAACGUUAUCUCCCAGUACAGCGGUGACAAGACGUGGUGUCGUGCCACAGUGCUCAAAGCCCCACGCGACGACAAGGCGGAGGUGAAGUUCAUUGACUUUGGCAACACCGAAACCGUGCCCGUGAAGAACAUCCGCGCCGUGCCGCGGGGCCCCGAGUACGCGUUGGUGCGCGACACGCCGGCGUUUGCGAAGCUGGCCCACCUUGCCUACCUCAAGCCCGGUGAUCCGAAUGAAAUGUUCGCUGGUGCCACCUACGCGGCCGUGGAGGAGUACUCUGACGGUGAGGUUCUGGCGAAGGGCGUGUAUCGCGACGGCCUUGGCAACGUGUAUUACACCGUUACGACCAACGAGAAUGUGCCCUCGCUGAGUGAGACGCUGCUGCAGCGUGGCUUGGCCCUGCUGGACCGCCGGACCUCUGCGGUGGACCCUACGGAUUAUCACCGCCACGAAGCUGCACAGGAGAUCGCACGUAAAGGGCACAAGAACCUUUGGCAGUACGGCGAUAUUGAUGAGGGGGACGCCGACUACUAG